CCCUCGCGCCCCGCCUUGUGCAGGUUCUCUGUCAAGACUCUGAUUGAUCGUUCCUGUUUUGAGACUAUUGAUGAUUCUUCCCCUGAAUUUAAUAAUUUUGCGGCCAUUUUGGAACAGAUUUUAAGUCAUCGUCUGAAAGGUCAGAUCACCUGGUUUGGCUACGAAAGCCCUCGUAGCUUCUGGGAUUAUAUCCGAGUAGCUUGCCGUAAGGUUUCGCACAAUUGCAUCUGCAGCAUUGAAAAUAUGGAGAAUGUCAAUUCUUCUAGAGCAAAGGGCAGAGCGUGGAUCAGAGUGGCACUUAUGGAAAAACAUUUGUCUGAAUAUAUUUCUGCAGCACUAAGAGACUUCAAAACAACCAGGAGAUUUUAUGAAGAUGGAGCAAUUGUCUUGGGAGAGGAAGCUAAUAUGCUUGCUGGCAUGCUAUUGGGACUCAAUGCUAUUGACUUCAGUUUCUGCCUGAAGGGAGAGGGAUUGGAUGGCAACUUUCCAGCUGUAAUAGAUUACACACCCUAUCUGAAGUUCACCCAAAGUUCUGAUAGUAUCAGCAGUGACGAAGAAGAGUUAAGGACUCUGGGAAGUAGUGGCAGUGAAAGCAGUACUCCAGAAAAUAUUGGUCCUCCUUUCAUCAUGGAUGAAAACAGUUGGUACAACAAAUGCAAAAGGGUAGAACAGAAGUAUCGACUCACCUUGGAGCAGAAGGGUUAUCUUGAAGAGCUUGUACGGCUUAGAGAAACCCAACUGGCUGAAUCUGUCUCACAAAACAAACUACUGCUACAGAGGAUUGAAGAUAUGGAUCUAGCCCAUAAAAUGGAGAAGGAACAGCUAGAAUACAUAAUAGUAGAGCUGCAGGACCAGCUAACGGUGCUAAAGAAUAAUGAUUUGAGAUCAAGACAAGAGUUAACUACUCAUCUCACCAAUCAGUGGCCUUCCCCGGGGGCUCUGGAUAUCAAUGCUGUUGCCCUGGAUACUCUACUUUAUAGAAAGCACAGCCAACAAUGGGAUGAGAAAAGUUUUCAGAGUCUGGAUCAACUCUCAGCAGAAGUUAGUCUUUCUCAGACAUCUCUGGAUCCAGGUAAUUCACAAGAUGGAGAUGGAAAGCGAGAUGGAUUAAAUUUACUAAGUGAAGGGAAGGAAGACACUCCAUCAUUGCUUGGUCUCUGUGGCUCUCUGACUUCUGUCGCAAGUUAUAAAUCUCUUACAAGUCUGAAAUCAAGUGAAUACCUUGCAAGUCCUACAGCAGAGAUGACAAGUCCAGGUCUAACUCCAUCUUGAGCAGAUAUACGUAACAAAGAAGAGCUUUUGUGUAAUGUUGCAUUCAGUUUACAUGCCAUAACUUGACUUGCUGUGAAGACUCUUAAAAGUUCAAGCAAGUUAAAGAAUAUGCUGCUUUAUCUGGUUCCCUUUCAUAUUGAUUUAAAGAGAAGGCACAAAACUUACAUCCAUUACUUGUUAAAUUAUCAUGUUUUUCUAUAAAAGGAUUUUUUCAUGUACUUACCCUUUGAGAUCUUAAAUUGUUUGAGUUGCAGUCAGGUACAGAAUGUGUGUGUGUGUGAUUUAAUAACAAAUAACCUUUUAGAAUGAAAUAUGUGAAAAUGAGUCUUUUGCUAAACUGUCGUGAUCUAUGUUCUUCAGGCUCUUCUAACCAGAGCACUUCCUUUCAUUGCUCUGCAUAUUUGUCAAUACUUGCAGAAAAGACAGGGAAUCCUGAAUUUAAGUCUUGACAGGUUAGUAAAGUAAUAUCUGAAUCCCAGUUUUCAGAAUAUUAUAAAACAUUGCUUGUUUAAUGUUUUUAAUCUGCAUACAUUCUAUCAUGUAGGAUCUCAAAUAAUUUAUUUAACCUUUUGGAUGUUUUGAAAUACUGACAGAUAAGUGCUAAAACUUGCAUUUCUGUUAUCAUUAUGCCACUUAAGAGUUGAUUUUUAUGUUCAGAUAAGGCCAUAUAAAGAAAUAGUAUACAUUCCUAGUUUUUGACGAUGGGACAAAAUAACAAAUCUUAUAAAUCAGGAUUACUUUCAAGUUUUAAGAAGGGAUUGGGAAGUUAGUCACCAGAUGAUUAUAUGGCCCAAAUGAAGAACUUUGCAGGUAGAAGAUGCAUCCUAAUUACUUGUUUUUGUUAUUGACUUAUGUUAAUGUAAAGGUGGUGUUGGGGAACACGGUGACAUCAUCCCCUCAGAGCUUUGGGGGAAAACUCUCCCUCCCCCAUGUCAAUUGUAAAGCAUCCCAGGAGUUUAAAAAAAAUUAGAAUGAAAAUCUGACAACUUACAUGACAAUAUUGUUAAUAUUUUUUUCUCUCUCAUGAAAGUGUCUAAAAGGGUAUUUUUCUUGAUUAUGCUGUGCAGUAAAACUUAAACAGAAGUGAAUCCUUAAAAUUCUAUGCCUCUAAUUAAGCUACUGGUAUGAAUUACCUGAAAACAUUUUAAAAUGAAACUAAAAUGUACAUCUUCCCAAUUUAACUCUCAUCUGUAAAGUUUACAAAUUAAUUUUUGAAUUGCAAACUGUACUCUUACAUCUUUGUAAAAGGUAAGGAGUCCUUUAUUCAUUUUGCUAUUAAGAUAAUGCUUAUCAGUAAUUUUUUUUAAAUUAAAUGCAUGUAAAUGUGUUGUAUUUAUUAAUUAAGGGAAAAAUACUUCGUUGUGCCAAAGAAAUUUCAAAUAUUGUUUACAUAAGUGGCUGCAGUAGUACUAGGGUUACUUAAUUAUAGCAUCAUUUCAGAAAUAUUUUUGUUUAGUCAGACACUAACGUCUAUACUCUUUGCAUUAUUUUUAUUUAUCAGAGAAUUGUGCCUCUUGUAAUAUUACCCUUGGCUCUGGUAGUUUUUCAAAGGGGGGGAUUAAGAAUCUAAUUUGACCAUUCUUGCAAACAAAGAAUUCAAGAAUGUCAUCUUGAUAAAAGCAUGUGAAACUACACAUUUUCAGAAUUAAACAAACCCACUCAAAUGAUCUUUGAAAUAAAUCUUAAUUAAAACAGUAGUGCUCCUUUCAUAAGAGCUACCAGAAUGGCGAUUACUGUAGAAAGUAAUUUUCUGGUUCUUGCACUAAGAAUCUGCUCUCAUGGCAGUUCAGUAGUUUCAUUGAAUGGUAUUCAUUAAUUAUUAAUUUCUAAAUGAGAGCUGCAUUUUAAUAUGAAGACAAUGAGGAAAGCAGGAUUCUGUAAAGUUAACAUUACUGAUUUGUGUAUAGUAACUUGAGCAACUUGUGCUGUUUUAAACGCUUCUCCCAAUACAUCACUAUUCUUUGACUAUAAUCAUGAUUUUUAGUCAUGUCCAUAGAUAGCUCCUCCAACAGAGCUACUAUAAAAUUUAUUCAUCACAUUAUUUAAGUUGUGCGUAAUAUUUCACACUACUAUAAGUUUGUAAAUGUCAGUUUUUGUGCAUGAGGAAGCUGAUUGGAUUGUACAAAUGUCUCAAAUGCUGUCCAUUUUUUCAGAAAUAUCUGAACAAAAAUAAAUGCCAAAAUUGUAUGUGUAUUUUGUUGCCUUGCUACACUAUAAUUGUUGCAUGUAAAUUAAACAUUUUGUACUACUGCCUCUACUAGCUCUUGUCUCUGUAUUCUAAUCAAGAAGUAUAAAGUAAGAUCACUUACACACUGUCAGGUUAGCAUGAAGCAACUGAAUUUUGUUCUAAUAUUCCUAAAGUGAAAGACCUUAAAUUAAGUACAGGUUGCACCUCUAAAAUCCAGAUUCUAUGGCCCGGCAACAUCCAUGAUCCGGCAUAACUAUGGAUGGUCCAGGACCAGAGAGUCCUGGUGCACUGCUUGGGGGUGGGGACCGAGAGCCAGCACACAGCUUAGUUGGGCUGUGGAGCAGGAAACCAGCA